AUAUAUAAACCCUUCAAACUCUCCCCCCUCCCAAAAAAAAAAAAAAAAAAAAACAGGUAUACAACUACAAGGCCUUGGGCGUGAGGCAGCAGCAUUUGCAACUUGCAAAUCUGCCAAAUAAAAAAAAACAAAAAAAAAAAGAGAGAGGGUGCGAAUUAGGUUUACAAAUAUGGAGCAAAAGAAGAUCAACCAUGAAAACAACAACAACAAAGCAGCUAUAAGAGAUGAAGAUGGAUAUAAAGGAAUCCCAAUUCAUAGCCAAGUGAUGAAGAUAAAGCGAGAGUUUGAGAAGAUCAAGCACCCGUCAUUGCAACAAGCUGAUAUGAGACGAGUGCUUCGGGAGAUCACCAGGCAACGCUCCCGUUCCCCUCUCGGAUUAGCUGAAAGACCUAUAGCUGUUGGCCAUUCCUAGAAACUUCCAUCACCUUGUAGAAGCAAAAGUAAGAGGAAAUAGUUACUUUCAUACCCACCAACAGCUUUUUAGGAUUAGAUUGGAUUUUUCUUUUCUUUUUUAAUCACGCCCCUGUUUAUGGAUCUAUCUGUUGUAGAUAUGUUUAUGGAGAAAACACUUCCUCUGUUUCUCCCCUAUAUUAAUUAAUAACUUAAAAGGUCUUCUUGUUUGAAUUAAA